AUGAUUAGUAGCAUUCAAUGGCUUCUUCUUCUUCUCUAUGGCCAAUUUUUAUUCACAACACACAAAGAAGUUCCAGACGCCUUCAGACGCCCGGCUAGUGAAGCAGUGGACAAUGUUAAUCCGCUCAUUGGCAAUGGCGGGGACUCCCCAAAUGGAUCCGGAGGCAUGAUUCCCUCAACUGCUCCACCGUUUGCCAUGACACGCUGGGUUGCCCAAACACGCGAGAAUUACGUAUCUGUCACUCCGUAUAAUUACACUGCGACAUCAAUCCAUGGCUUCCAAGCAACUCACCAACCAGCCAUUUGGAUGGGUGAGAGCGGUCAGGUGGUAAUAUCUCCAGGCGCUGGCCAGGUGCAACCUAAAUUCGGCGAUCGAGGCAUGAGCUUCACUCACGAGAACGAAGUUAUCACUGCUAGUUACUACAGCGUGGACUUGAAUGCCGUCGAAGGUGGUCAAAUCUUAGCUGAACAAAGUGCUACUUCUCGCGUCGGACACCUCCGUUUCACGUUCACGGAUACCCGUCAACCUUACGUUCUUACCCCAAUAACAUUGACUUAUCCUCACGGGUCCAUAUUCAUUAAUCCUGACACUCGCGAAAUUUCGGGCAGCAACCCUGAACGCCAGGACUUCAUUAUCGCGCCUGUUUCAACGCCUGCAAAAAACUGGAGUGGAUAUUUCUGUGCGCGUUUCGACCAGCCCUUUGCUUCAUGGGGCGUCUCACAAAACAAUACUCUUUUCGAUGGCCAGACGAGCGGAAAUGGCACGUUGCUAUCAGGAUAUGCCACCUUCUCUCCAGAAGUGGUGGAAGUCAGUGUCAGGAUCGGCGUUUCAUUCAUUUCCAUUGAGCAAGCUAGAAAGAACUUGGACAUGGAAAUACCUGAUGGGAAUACUCUAGAAGACACCGCGAUGAUGACUCGAUCAGCAUGGGCCGAGAAACUGGAUCUAAUCAAGAUCAGAGGCGCCACCAAGGAUCAGAUGCAAACUUUCUAUACCGCGUUUUAUCACACAUUGCAGUAUCCUUACGAGCAGAGUGAAUAUGGUCAGUACUACUCGGGAUACGAUGAUGCUGUACAUCAGGGAGUGUCAUAUACCGGAUACUCGAUUUGGGACACGUAUCGCGCCGAAUGGGCGUGGCUUAUUUUAUUUGCGCCCGAAAGGAUACCGGGUAUGGUACAGAGUAUGUUGCAGGACUACAAAGAAGGCGGUCGGCUUCCAAUGUGGAAGAACAUCAUUGAGACAAACAUCAUGGUCGGGACUCAUGCGGAUUCCCUCAUCGCAGAGGCUGUUUUGAAAGGAAUAACCGGGUUUGAUUUAGAGACCGCAUGGGAUGCCGUGUAUGGCGAUGCAACAGUGCCUCCGGUCAAUGAUACGACCACUGUAUACUUUGAUCGUGAGGAGAAUGUCGAUUAUGAAGUUCGUGCCGGCCUGACCUCGGUCUAUGAGGAAAAGGGCUGGGUUGCAGACGACAUCCAUUCCGAGUCAGCAUCUCGAACAUUAGAUUAUUCCUAUGACGAUUUUGCUGUGUCUGUGCUCGCGGGUCUCCUCAAUAAAAGCGACGAGGAACAGUUUUUCCGAAAUCGCUCGCUGCAAAAUCCCUUUACGAUCUUUAACUCCUUGACUGGUUUUAUGGAAGCGCGCAACGCAAGCGGCGCAUGGGCUGGUCCUGAUAACGGCUGGACGGAAGGCGAUAAAUGGGCCUAUACAUUUGACGUGGUACACGAUGUACCGGGACUAAUUGCUCACAAAGGCGGAAAUGCGACGUUUGUGAACUUUUUGGACGAGCAUUUUGAUGGAGGUCAUAAUGAUCAUACCAACGAGCCAUCUCAUCAUAUUCCCUAUCUGUAUUCCCUCGCUGGAGCUGCAUCAAGGUCUCAAUCACGUAUCCGCCAGAUUGCAGAGUCAGACUAUAACGCUUCCGUCAAUGGCCUAUCUGGGAAUGAAGAUUGCGGCCAGAUGAGCGCGUGGUAUCUGUUCAGUGCUUUGGGAUUUUACCCUGUGAACCCUGUGUCGGGGUUGUACGUGGUCGGGUCUCCAUUUUUCGAUGAAGUGGAGAUCCGAUUCCCGUCAUCAAACGUCACCAACCUUAGAAUUAUCUCAGAGGAUGCACCUUCAAAGCCAUACGUAAAUUCGUUCACCAUCAAUGGCGAGGAUAUAUCCAGCCCUAUUAUCUCGCACAACCAAUUACUCGACGGGAGCAGAUUCGAGUUCAUAAUGUCCAGCCAACCACAGGCCUGGGGGAGUAGCAUACUGUUCCCGAAGAACAACUCAUUCGGGUCGCACGAGGUUGUGCGUCAGCCUGUUCAUUAACGCAGUUAACGAUAGGAUGUAACCGACCAACGAGUACAUACUACAGAGCACACCUUGAGUAGACAGCUGUGUUGAGGGCACCCUAUGAUAUCGAUCACACGUCCAACAAGUUGAGCUAUCUGACACCAUCAACGACAAAAGGGAAAUCAUCAUUGCCUCCGCACGACAGAGUCCUGUGCGUGGGAUUAUUGCAAUAAAGCGGGUAAGUACAUCGUGCAGAACAUUAUGGAUAUAAUACUGGUACAAUUCAGAGGAGUUGCAGUGCUCUGCGACAGCGAAAGUAUCGAGUUAAAUUCAAUGGCCUCUAAAUGAGAAACCCUGCCCAGCUUGUUG